AAGAAGGAAUUUACAACCAUUUAGAAAUGGGAAGUUCAAACACAGCUACAGGGAAAUUGUUCCACACUCUGCAAAUGGAAAGUGGAAACACAAGCAGUUGUGUUUCAUGUGAGAUGAAGGAACCAGAACAGCAUGUGUCAGCUCCUGUAGUAGCUGCACCUGUAUUUGCAGGUGGUGAAGAUACGGCAGUGGGAUCAAGUCAAAGUAAUGCAUCAUACUAUCAAUCAAUGGUUAAUGAUGUAACAAUGUGGAUGACCAGUACAUUUGGAAAAUUCCUGGAUAGUGAGGAACACUUAACCAGCAAUGAAGAUUCAAAUUUGGGAAGCAAGAAUUAAGUAAAUGGCAACUUACCGAUGAAGUAUCUUCAUUUUUAAAUUUAUCACUUUCAACUAGAUGACCUGA